AUGUCUCACUUCUUCUGCCUCAUCUUAGGUCUUCAGCUGACCCUGGCCUUGAGGAAGACACCACAGCUUGAGGAGGCUUCCUUGCUUCACUUUAUGGGCCUGAACAAGGUACCUUCACCCCGGAUAGCACAACCUGUGCCCUCCAUCCUGAUGAAGAUCUUCCAGGAGAGACAGAAGGCUGUAGCCACAGGACACUACCGAAAGCUUUGCUAUGUGAAGGAGUUUGGGGUCCCUGGGAACUUGAUCCGUCUUUUCCAAGACCAAGGUGCCCUUUUUUACCCCAAAGAAGUGGUCCAAGUUCCAUCAUGCACACAGAAGUUUCUUUUCUUCAACCUUUCAGUCAUCACCCAAGAUGAGCAGCUAAUGAUGGCCAAGCUUGAUUUGAGGUUGGGGCUUAAUGCUUACAAUGCCCUGCAAGAGGACCUGGAGGUAGUGGUGUCUCUAAUCCAAAGACGUGCUCCUCAGCCAGACCAAAAGCUCCUACUGAGGUAUCUUCCCAGAUCUCAAGGUAUUCUUCAUGUGGACCUGCUGGAUGUGGUUAAGGAGUGGAACUCCAACCCCCAGAGUAAUCUGGGAUUGGUUCUAGAGUUGUUGCCAAAAGGGGAAAACAACUCUACAGUGACAAUAUACCCUCAGGAGACCUGUGACAACUGGAGACAGUCCAUUCGGGCUUCUCUAAUGGUGGUGACCUUAAACAUUAAAGAAUGCCCCCGCUUUUCUCACUUUCCCAGAAAGAGGAGGGCCACUCUUCCAACUAUGGAAUCUGCUUCUAGGCACCUCUGCCGGCGUCAUCAGAUGGUCAUCAAUUUUGAAGACCUGGGUUGGCACAAGUGGAUCAUUGCUCCCAAGGAGUUUAGGACCAACUACUGCAAAGGAGAUUGUCCUUUCUCACUUAUGUCCUUCUUUAACAGCUCCAACUAUGCCUUCUUACAGACUCUCAUGAAUUCUAGAACCCCGGAAAUCCCCAAAGCUACCUGUAUCCCCACAAAACUAUCCCCCAUUUCCAUGCUUUACUAUGACAGUGAUGGCAAUAUCAUCCUUCAACACCAUGAGGGCAUGGUGGUUGAUGAAUGUGGUUGUGGGUAG